UGUGUCACAUUUUCCGUCAGAAAGUCAUCAUUCACAAAAUCAUCCCAAUACGCAAAUAUUAGACGAGAUCUUUGUUGUUCUGAGUUUUAUGUUAAGAAAAUGGUUGACCCAAUAUUUGAUUACCAAUUUAGGCUUAUUCUAAUCGGUGACAGUACCGUGGGCAAGAGUUCAUUGCUGAAAUACUUUACAGAUGGAAAAUUCGCAGAGCUAUCCGAUCCAACUGUGGGCGUUGAUUUUUUCGCACGGAUCAUUGAAGUGCAGGAUGGUACAAGAAUUAAAUUGCAAUUAUGGGACACAGCUGGUCAAGAGAGGUUUAGAUCUAUAACGAAAUCUUACUACAGAAAUUCGGUCGGAGCUCUCCUCGUGUACGAUGUGUGUAAUCGGUCGAGUUUUGAACAUAUACCACUUUGGAUGAUGGAAGCGAAAAGGCAUAUAGAACCACAUCGGCCAGUAUUUGCUCUGGUUGGAUGUAAAGUGGACCUCGUUGGUAGUGAUAAUAAAAACGGUGCAAGAAGAGAAGUAUCCUGCGAGGAAGCCAGAAUGUUUGCCGAAGAAAAUGGCUUACACCAUGUGGAGACAUCUGCAAAAACAGGAUUAAAUGUCGAACAAGCAUUUAUUCUUGUCGCUCAAGAAGUUUACAAUCGCAUACAAACCGGAGAAUACAAGGUGGAAGAUGGUUGGGAUGGCAUCAAGACAGGAUUCAACCGACCCAAUGGUAUGGACUUUAACCUGCUUGAAGCGGAGACAGUUCAGUCUACCUGCUGUUAGACAAAUAUUAUAUUUAGAUGUAAAUAUUGACUCAUAUUAGAUUUAUGAUAACAUAAGUAUAACUUUAUUGAAUAUGUGAUUGACACAUCAUCUUGAUGCGUCAUCGUCCUCAGGUCAUAAUUCUGGAAGUAUGUUUAAGUAGAUCUGCCCUUCAGAAUAUACAUUUAAUAUGCUGUAGAUUACCUUACUUACUUUUACAUAUUAACUAAAUAGACAUGUUCCGAAGUUUAAAAAUAAUAUUAUAAUAGUGCCAAUAGAUAUCAUUUAUUAUUUCUUUUAAGAAUUCCACUUGGCUGUAAAUAAAUAUAUUUUAAUGCUCUUUUUUCAUCUUAAUGCCAAAUGUUCCUUUGUUUUCUCUAUGUAUAUGAUUCUGAACAAUUUGCGUUAAUACUGUUUGCCAUUAUUGUAACAACUUUGAAACAUAACAGUUUCAUAUAUUUCAGUUUAUAUACACAAAUGAACCAAAGAGUUGGAUAUCAUAUCUGAAUCUGUUCAAAAAGUUAUUUUAGUUUUAAAUUAUUUAAGUGACAAUACUAACAAUGAACUACACUUGGAGUAGUUGAAGUUUUGUACCUGCUAUAACAAUGAUUGCUGAGGAUAGACAUGUUUUUUACAUCAAAAUAUAAAGAUAAAUAAUGAGAUAACAAGAUUUUUACCAAUUUGUAAAUAAAUAUAAUAAUUAUCACAAGAAAAUCACUAUAGAAAUGAGUAAAUUAAUUAGCUUAUUCAGUAUAGUCUAACCUCUAGUCUUUGAUACAUUAGUAAUUCCGUUUGUCCCAAGUAUUCAGAAUUUACGGUGUUUAAGCUAAAUGCUAAUUUUUCAAUGGUUAUUUAACUAUUAUUUGAAAUAAUUUAAAUUAGUAUAUUUUGAUUAUUUUUGAAGAGAAAUUUAGUCAAAAUAACAAUUUUAUUCUUCCUAUAUAAGUUGACUGAAAAAUCAGUCACUAAUAAGGUAAAAUUAAAUGUCUAUUCUCAGUAUAACACCCAUUAUUGAUAGUUUUUGUAAGAAUAAUAAUCCCUUAUAUUUUAAUUAAAAUUAGAGUAAAUUGAAUUAACAAUUGGGAAUUAUAUAUUUUGUUAUCAAGGACACAUUAUUACCAACAUUAAAUAUACAACAGUUGAUCUGUUGCAUCAUGUGCCUUUGUGGAAUGCAAGAUAUAUAAUGGGGCAAGUAAAAUAUUAAUUACAAUUAGUUUGUUUAGUGAUAAAAAAUGUUUGCAUUAAUUUGGCACCGGUUUUAUUAAGGUAUUGUGAAUUUGAUAAUUAUUUUUUAAAAUACAUAGAAUUGCUUAAUUAAUUGCUCAUUAUAGUUAAAUUUGUGUUGUUGAAAAACAAUAUUGGUUUUCCAAAAAGUUUGAGACACUGAUAUUGCAGAAAAAUGUACCGUCCAGAGUCUCAGUCACCUUGAUUUCGAAAUGGAAGCUUUAUUUGAUGUAAAAAAAAAGUUAAUUCUAAUACAUAAGUCUUUACUGUCACUACAAGGGUUUACUAAUAAUAAAUUAGUAUUUGUUUUAUUUUUAUUAAUAUGUUUUUAACAUAUUAAAGUUUGUCCGAUAUAUGUAUGUGUGGAUUCUAAAGUUAACCUAUGUACAACCAGCGUAUGAGUAAAAUACGUAAAUAUUAACGCAACACACAAUUAUUUUAUCACAUUAUAUGUGUAAAGUAGGUAUAUACUAAUUAAUAAAACACAAAUAAUGUAUGUCACAGGUUUAUUUAAUAAUGCAAUUAUCUCGUCAUAGCGCUGUUAUUAUACGCUUUUAUAAAUGAAAAUAAAUGUUUUGUUAAUUA